UCCGUAACGUCGCGCUCCGUCACCUAGAGGCAGCGAUAGCGUUGCGACAGAUUCCCUGACGGGGGGCAUUUUUGGUUGCUUUACCCUUUUUCUCGUUAAGCAUCAAUUUGACCCGUCGCCCUGAAUGCAACACGUUGGGAAUGGGGACUCAGUAGCAAAUGAGGGGCAGAGGAGCGAGGAAGGGGUCGGCAUGGCGGGCAACUUCGGACUCAAGGGGUGUCGGAAGAUCCAAGGGCCCCAGCUCAGGGGUCUGAUCGACGCGAAGGACGUUUUCCUCUUCGACUGCGACGGGGUGCUGUGGCACGGCGAGGCGGCUAUAAGCGGCGCGUCGGCGGUGGUCAACUCGCUCGUCACACGCGGCAAACGCGUGUUGUUCGUCACCAACAACUGCACGAGGCCUCGGGAGAAUUACGUCAGCAAGUUCAACCAGCUGGGCUUCGCCGACGUGGUGCGGGAGCAGAUCUUCAGCUCGUCGUAUUGCUCGGCCCUGUACCUGAGAGACGUGGUCCGGGUCCAGGGCCAGGUCUUCGUGAUCGGGUGCGACGGAAUGCGCACGGAACUGCGGGAGGCCGGCGUGCAGUUCGUCGAGGAGAACGACCCGCCGGACGCCACCAUCUACGACUGCGCGCUGACCCCGGAUGUGAAGGCGGUGCUGGUCGGCCACGACGAUAAACUGACUUUUCUCAAGUUGGCCAAAGCGUCGUGCUAUUUAAGAGACCCGGACUGUCUGUUUCUAACGACGGACAAUGACCCCUGGCACCCUCUGAGGAAUGGAAGAAUACUGCCCGGUUCGGGAUGCCUCACCGCAGCCCUGGAGGUGGCCACAGGCCGCAAAGCCACCGUGGUAGGGAAACCCAGCCGCUUCAUGUUCGAGUGCAUCUCCAGUCAGUUCACAGGAAUUGACCCAGCUCAGUGCUUGAUGGUCGGGGACCGCCUUGAGACGGACAUGCUGUUUGGGACUAACUGUGGCCUGGACACCAUGCUUACUCUCACAGGUAUAUCUCAGAUGGAGGAGGCCCAGGAAUACAGAGAUAGUGAGCACUCCACCAACCAGAGCUUUGUGCCUGACUAUGUGGUGGACACCAUCGCUGACUUCUUACCCGCUAUUGAAGAACUUAACUGAUUGACUGGUCCCAUCACUUCCUGUAUGGAACACAGAUUAGCUAUAUUCCAUUCAAAGUGCAAUGCUUCAUUCGCAAUAUGCAAAAGCACAAUCUAAAGUAAUCAGAAUUAAAAGGGAUGCAAUUAUAACUUGUGCCAUGUCACUAGUAAUGUGCACGAAAUGUGUCAUGUAUCUUCAAAUAUUGAGACUUGGUUACAGAAUGGGAUGAUGUUAUUUUAUUGCCCAAGGACUGAUUUUUGCUAAUGGGAUACAUACAGCUUGUAUUAAACAUUGUGCACAUCAAAAUACCUUGACCAUCCCAUUCCGUAAUACCUCAGUAUUACUUCUAGUAUUGUGUCCAGUUGUGAUUUAGUAGAGCCCCUUGUUGCUGACACUUAAAUAUAAUGCUCUUCCCUGCUUGGAGUGGGUUCAUAGGUUGUGUUUGAUAUUGUAUCUUAAAUAUCCAAAGUUAUUUUUGUAACUCAGUGAUCUGUCAUGGCAUGUACCUGUUCAGUGUUUUGUUUUGUUUUUUGGAGCGGAAAUUGUCCAUCAGUUGCCAGGUCUGCACAUUUGAUUCUGAUGCAGAAUUGUUAACACUCCCAUCUUUGAAUGGCUGCGGUAGUUCUCAUGAUUGAUAACAAUUCAAAGCAAACGAAAAAAAAAACAUCUGAAGUUUUUUUCCAUUUGUGGUGAACUGCAAUUUAUAAGACUAUGUAUAGGCUACAUUCUCGGUUUUACACCUUUCUGUGGUGUCUGUAAUGCUGUACUACUUGCACUAGUAUUCAUUAAAGGCGACAAAUAUAGAUCAUGAA